AUGGAUGUGAUAAAUGUUUUAAUUUUAGUUAAUAAUACAUCUUGUUAUUAUAAUUCAAACAGUAUUUUACCAACUUCUAAUUCUAAUAAUGAUAGUUAUGAAGAAGGAACUGAAUUAGCAAAAAUAUCUGUACCUAGAAUUAGUAAUAUAAGAUUGUCUACUUUACAAAAUAAUCAGAGUCAAGCUCAUAGUGGUUGA